GGAUGGUGCGCGGUGCGGCUGUCCGUGCUUUGCUUGGAUGGAGCGAUGGCGGCGGGCACGGCAGGACAUCCGUUUCAUCACUUAAUUGAGCCAUUAUCUGCAGAUGAUCCUGAGAAAAAAUACUUCAAUGUCCUGAAACUCAGUGACCCAAGAUAUGUGGGACUGCCAUACUCCAUCCGUGUAUUAUUUGAGGCUGCUAUUCGAAAUUGUGAUGGACAUAAUGUGAAAAAAGAAGAUGCUUUAACUAUUCUUGAUUGGAAAAAUCAACAAACCCAAACAGAUGUCCCAUUCUGGCCGGCCCGUGUCCUUCUGCAAGAUUUCACGGGCAUUCCUGCAGUGGUGGACUUUGCUGCCAUGAGAGAAGCAGUGAAGAAGCUUGGCGGAGACCCUACCAACGUCGGCCCUGUCUGUCCAACUGACCUGAUUGUUGAUCAUUCACUACAGAUUGACUACAGCAAAAGUGCCAUACAAAAUGCCCCGAACCCUGGCGGAGGUGAUGGUUGUGGGUCGGCAGCUAAACCCUACAACGCCAAGCUGCAGUCAAAGACGUCACCGUGUCGAAGCUUCCGCGGCUGUUUCAGUUCGUGCCACAGGGAGGCAGGGUCCAUGUCCCUGGGAUCUCGCGGCGCAGAAAUAGAGAGCACUCCCUUGCUCUGCCCUUUCCACCUGCAACCUGUGGCUGAACCAGAAGCAUUAUUAAAGGGCCAAGAAAUGGAAUUCAACAGAAAUAAAGAACGGCUACAGUUUCUUAAGUGGGCUUCCCAAGUCUUUCCAAAUGUUACUGUGGUACCGCCGGGGAGUGGGAUAGUCCACCAGGUCAACCUCGAGUACCUGUCCCGCAUGGUAUUUGACCUUGGAGGGAUUUGCUACCCCGACAGUGUGGUGGGAACUGAUUCCCACACAACAAUGGUGAACGGCCUUGGUAUCCUUGGAUGGGGGGUUGGCGGGAUAGAAAGUGAGGCGGUUAUGUUGGGUCAACCAGUCACACUGACCUUGCCCGAGGUCGUCGGCUGUAAGCUGGUGGGUACCACAAACUCUUUGGCUACAUCGAUUGAUGUUGUUUUAAGUAUAACCAAGCAACUUCGGCAGGUUGGAGUUUCGGGCAAGUUUGUGGAGUUUUUUGGCCCAGGGGUAUCCCAGUUGUCUGUGGCAGACAGAACAACAAUCGCAAACAUGUCUCCUGAAUAUGGUGCUACUGUGAGCUUUUUCCCAGUCGAUGAUGUCACCUUAAGGCACUUAAAACAAACAGGUUAUGCUGAGAAGAAGCUUGAAUCUGUGGAAACAUAUUUAAAAGCUGUGAAACUAUUCAGAGACUAUCAGAAUCCUUCAGAUGACCCAGAGUAUUCACAGGUUAUAGAAUUAAAUCUGUCAGCUAUUGCCCCAUAUGUGAGCGGUCCAAAACGACCACAAGACAGAGUUAUGGUCACCAAUAUGAAGAAAGAUUUCCAGAACAGCUUGAGUGAAAAGGUUGGCUUUAAAGGCUUUCAGGUUCUUCCAGAAAAGCAGAAAGAGGUCGUUGCCAUUGAGUUUGAGGGAAAAGAUUACAACCUUGCCCACGGUUCUGUUGUCAUUGCUGCGGUAAUAAGCUGUACCAAUAAUUGUAACCCAUCCGUCAUGCUCGCAGCAGGUUUGCUGGCUAAAAAGGCCAUUGAAGCGGGCCUAUCUGUAAAGCCUUACAUUAAAACCAGCUUGUCGCCCGGCAGUGGGAUGGUGACCUAUUACAUGAAUGCCAGCGGUGUGCUGCCUUAUCUCCACAGCCUUGGGUUUGAAGUGAUUGGCUAUGGCUGUGCCACCUGCGUGGGGAACACGGCCCCGUUACCGGAGUCUGUUAUCACUGGAAUCAAAACGGGUGACUUAGUUGCAUGUGGAAUUUUAUCUGGAAAUAAAAACUUUGAAGGGCGCCUCUGCGACUGCAUUCGUGCCAACUACCUGGCCUCUCCUCCAUUAGUGGUGGCAUAUGCCAUUGCUGGCACAGUUAACAUAGACUUUGAAACUGAGCCUUUAGGUGUAAACUCAGACGGGAAAGAAAUCUACCUGCAAGACAUUUGGCCGAGCAGAGAGGAGAUCCAGAAAGUGGAGGAGCAACACGUGAUCCCAUCUAUGUUCAGAGAACUGAGAGAAAAAAUAGAGAAAGGAAAUAGUCGCUGGAAUGCCUUGGAAGCUCCAGAGUCACUUCUGUAUCCAUGGGAUUCAAAGUCAACCUACAUCAGAUGUCCUUCAUUUUUUGAUAAACUUACCAAGGAACCCAGCUGCGUACAGUCCAUCGAAGAUGCUCAUGUGCUGUUAUACCUGGGCGAUUCUGUCACCACCGACCACAUCUCCCCUGCUGGCAGCAUUGCCCGCAACAGCGCUGCAGCUCGGUACCUGACCUCCAGGGGCCUCACUCCCCGUGAGUUUAAUUCCUACGGAGCGAGAAGGGGUAACGACGCCGUGAUGACUCGAGGGACCUUCGCCAACAUCAGGCUCCUGAACAAAUUUAUUGGCAAAACUGCACCUAAAACAUUGCACAUCCCAUCAGGACAAACGCUCGAUGUGUUUGACGCAGCAGAACGCUACCAGAGAGAAGGCUUUCCAUUGAUCAUUUUAGCCGGGAAGAAAUACGGCUCGGGUAGUUCGAGGGACUGGGCUGCCAAAGGGCCUUAUUUGCUGGGAGUGAAGGCAAUCCUGGCAGAGAGCUAUGAGAAGAUACACAAGAACCACUUGAUUGGAAUGGGCGUCAUUCCCCUUCAGUUCCUUCCGGGUGAAACUGUAGAUAAGCUGGGACUCACGGGAAAGGAGCGAUACACAAUAAUUAUCCCUAAAGAGCUGUCUCCAGGAGUAACAGUGGACAUAACGACAAACACAGGAAAGGCAUUCAAAGCUGCAGCAAAGUUUGACAAUCAAAUGGAAGUCACCUUUUACAGACAAGGUGGUAUUUUGAACUAUGUCGCUAGAAAGAUGUUGUAACAACAAAGUCAGUCACUUGACUUUCUCGGCACCACGGUUUGGGUCCUGUCCAUGGAUGGCGUUGCCUCUGGCUCUGUCGGAGCGGUGGAGAUAGUGGCUGGCAUCCUUCAUGCUCGCUGUACUGUAUAUUUCAGAAACUGUCUACUGGCACCUCGCAACUGGCUGUGAACGGACAAUUUGCCUUCAACCACACUUGGUUUCUUCCUUUUAGGUUUUAUAAUCAUUGUAUUAAUUUUUCGUACCUUUUUUGUAACUUAAUCUCAUGUACAUGUCACGUGCGCCACUCUGCGGACCGAGAGCCAUCCACUUGACAUCAUUGUUCAUUUAAUUCACUAAUGCCUUUUUCCUGCACAUUUAUUAUCAUGGGGUUUUCGUGUUUUUUUUCUACAAGCCCAAUUUGUUUGUAAAUGUCCAGUUUUUUUGUCGAUCGUGCUCUAUCACGAUUUGGCCUCGUCUCAGUCUUCUGCUGUAUGUGGUCUCCCAAACCGAAAAGGAAAAAAAAGAUGACGAGUAUUUGAAACACUGUGAAAUAAAGGUAGUUGUUGCAAGCAGACCCCAGUGUACAAACUUGGGCCAGAGCUGUCUGACAGAUGGUUUGAGAUUGACACUUUUAAAGGACAGCCAAGAACCUUAUGACAGUUUUACAAUCAGAACUUUUGGUAUUGUACAAAUGAGUGUCCAGGAUAGGUGUAUUUAGUGACAAUUCUCCCGUACAAAAUGCUACUGAUGAACUGUACAUUUUUAAUAGGUUGUAAGAAUAAACUAUCAGAACCAUCAA